AUGACAAAUAAUCAAUCGGGUUAUUUUCUUAAAUUAUCAUCUCAACCAAUUGUUUUCGAACCAAUUAGUAAUGGUACAAGUGUUUUCUAUGAUAAAGAUAAUCAACAAUUAUUUUGUGUUCGUGGUUCAGGUGCAAUGGAUAGUUUUCGUUUUACUCGACGUAAAAAACAAAAUCGUCGAAUUAUAUUAAAUUCAACCAUAAAUGAAAAUCAAUUAUCAUUUAAUCAAGAACAACUAAUAAAAAAUAUUGAAAAUAAAAUUGAAAUUAUUCGUAAAAGUUAUUUUUGGCAACAAUUUGAAAAUUAUUUUCUUCAAUGGAUUAAUCAACAAAUAACAUCUAUUGAUAUAUUAUCAUAUGGUAUUGGUCAUAUAAGUUCAUCAAUAUGUUCACAAUAUCAAUAUGCAUUAUUAAAAUUAUUAGAAAGAAUAUUUGAAAAUAAAAUUCAAAAUAUUUAUCUUUAUGAUCCAAUUUGGAUAAAAGAAGAAAAUGAUUUUCUUCAAAAUAAUAAUACAUUUUCAAAAUAUGAAAUUUUAACAGAAAAUAAUCAAGCUUAUCAAAUAAUUAAUCGUUCAUCAUUUAUUUAUAUACCAUUUUGUUCAAAACCUAUACAUAAUAAUUUAAUUUAUUCAAAUUGGAAUAAAAAUAAAUUAAAAGAUAUUUUAUUUUUUGGAAAUAGUCUUGAAAAAUUUUCUAAUGAAAUACAAUUUGAUGAAAAGAAAUUUUUUUAUAUUUAUCAAGCAACAAGUUUUGCAACAGAAAUUUCAUUACCAUUAUUUGAACAUUAUAUAAAUGCUUUUAAUGAACAAGUAUUUACAUCAUUUAAUCGAACUGUUGUUCCGAUUGUUAAUGAAAAUAAAAUUAUACAAUUAAAACGAGAAAAAAAUAAAAAAAAUAUUGAGAAUAAAAAUCAAUUAGAAAAAAUAACUAUCGAACAACUAGCAGAAAAUAUUUGGUCUCUACAUAUUAGACCGAUCUAUACGAAUGAGGACGAAAUUGUUGUAAGCUCUCAUUGCGUGACUGUGAAAGGACAUCGUCAUGAACAAGCUUAUUCAUUUCGUCUUGAAGAUAAAGGUGCAAUACAAUCUAUUAAAUUCAAUCCUGAUCUUUCUGUAUUAGCCAUAAAACGUAAUUCCAAUUCAGUUGAAUUUCUUAAUUUUGCUCCUAUUCCACAAACAAUAUCAUCAUCAUGUCCAUCAACAUCAACAACAGCUACAAUACUUCAACCAGAUGCUAUUGAAUAUUCACAAUUAUCAAAAACAAAAUCAAGUAAAUUAUAUGAUUUUAAUUGGUUAUCAGAUAAAGAAAUUGUUUUUGUUACUGAUCAAUCAAUUGAACAUUAUUUAUUAAAUGCUGAAAAACGAACAUUACGUUCACUUAAACAACAUCUUGUACCAAAUACAAAUUGGCAAUUAUUUUCACGUGAAAUGAAUCUUCUACUUAUAUCAGCUGGUUCACCAUCGGGUAAUUCAUUAAUUCCAUUUUCUUUCCAUAAAAUGCAACAACAACAAUUAGUUAAAUUACCAAAAUUUGAAGUCGAUUUACCACAAGCACAAACAACUAUUCAACGUUCAAAUUCAGUUGCAUCAAAUUCAUCAACUCAAUCAGCAAAUAGACGAUGUUAUGAACUUACCGAACGUGAUUGUAUGCUUGCAACUAUCUAUGACAAAUCUUAUCUAUUAGUUAUUCGUCAAGUAUUUCGAGUUGCUGGACAAGGUUCAGUUGAAGUCGUACUCUAUCAAAUAGAAACUGAUCAUAAACCUGCUCAAAAACGUCAUAUAUUACGAUUAAAUGUAUAUGGUAAAUGUGCAUUAAAUGUUGUCGAUAAUCUUGUUUUAAUUCAUCAUCAACCAACGAAAACAACCUAUGUUUAUGAUAUAGAAGAAAAUUCCACUUCACAACAUGAUGGUUUUCAAACUAUACAUGAACCAUUACUAUCACAACUUUCUAUACAACCAAUUAAUGUUAAUUGGCAAUUAGCAUCAUCAACAAUAUCAACAUCAUCAACAACAAUUGAAUUAUAUUCAUCGAAUUGGAUUGUUUUUUUACCAAAUGUUAUUAUUGAUGUAAAAAUGGGUUGUUUAUGGUAUUUAUUAAUUAAUUUAGAUUAUUUACUUGAUCUUAUACCUGAUCGUUUACUUCUAAUUGAUAUUUUAUUAAGACGAAUACAUGGUAAAUCAUCAAUACUUACUUUACUUCGAACAUUAUUAACAAAUAUAAUUGCACCUGUACAAAUUGAUUCAAAUAAUGUAUCAAAUAUAAGUUCAUCUAAUGUACUUGAUUGGUGGAUUGAAAUUAUUGAUAGAAUAAAUCGUGUUUUUAUUGAGAAUUCUCCUAAUCGUCCAUUAUUAGAUCAAUCAGAUGUAUAUUCUGUUCUUUCAUUAUUUUCAACAAUUGUAUCAAUAUCAACAAUAGGAAGUACAACAACACUUCAUCGUUCAUUAUCAAUAGCAUCAAAUGAUACAAUAUUAGAUGAUAGUCAUCAAACAAAAGCAUUGAAAUUUGCUAUAAGUAUUGUUAUUGAAUAUAUUCGUUCAUUAAAUGGAUUUAAUAUUGAAGUUCAAUAUUUUAUUUAUGAAUUACUUGUUAAUUUACUUGUUAAAAAUAAUCAAUUUUUUCAACUUCAACAAUUAAUUCAAUAUCAAGUUUUAACGGAUUCAUUAAAACUUGCUUGUCUCCUUCUUUCUCUGUCUCAUAAACAACAACCAACAACACAAAUAGCACUUGAUAUGCUUAAACGUUUAACAAAAGCAAAUGAAGAAAUUGUUGAAAUACUUCUUGGAAAUAAUUUCGUGAUAGAAGCACUUCAUUUCUGUAUAGAACAUAUACCAAUAACACGAGCAUUAGCANAUAUGUUCUACGUGCAAUUUUUGUAUUAUUUUGAUUGA